CGACUGAAAGCUGAACAUCAUGUCUGAUCCGAAUGGUGCUGGGGACGGAGCAGGAGAUGCUGCUUCGGUUUUCGACGCCAAAUUGGAAGAAGAACAGGUAAAAUUUUCGUCGAGCAGUGAUGAAUCUGAGGCAGCAGAGGUGUUUCCACGAGAGACAUGUAAGAAACUGCGCGCGCGGGUGCGCGCCCUCAGCACCGAGAACUGCCAACUGCGUCGCAGCGUCGAGCAGCUGCGUCAGCACGCCAGCGCGCCGGCCACCGCCGCUCCCACCAGGGGCAGCAAGAGGGCGGAGCCGCCGCGGCUGGCGUCUGAGGUGGCGGCCGCGCAGGUCAGCGAGUUGAGCCGCCGGCUGCGCGACAUGUGCGCAGAGCUCGAGGCCACCAGGAACCGCCAGCGCGCCGCCGAGGACAAGGUGUCGUCGCUGACUGCGGAGGUGGAGCGCCUGCGGUGCGCGCCGCCCCCUCCGACUCCGGUGGCGGCAGCGGAGGGCGAGGGCGCGGCCAGCCCGGAGGAGCAGGUGCGCCAGCUUACGGAGCGGCUGUCCGCCACCAACGCCAAGCUGUGCGACAGCCGCAGCCAGUGCGCGCAGCUGCGCAGGGACCUGCAGCUGGCGCAGCGCGCGCUCGCCAACGAGGUGGGGGAGGCGGUGGCAGUGACUCAGCUGGGGUCGUUCCGCGGGCGCGCGCAGCAGAUCCUGCAGCUGCAGCGGCGAGUGGCGGAGCUCCAGGACAGGCUGUCUCAGCAGCAGCAGCAGCCGGGCCAGGCCGCCUCCAGCAGCGGAGACCACGGCGUCAGCCCAGCGCAGAGCCAGCUGCUGCAGCAGAUGGAAAAGGAGCGGCGGGCGGCGCACGAGCAGACGGUGACGUCGCUGCGCGAGACGCAGCUCCAGCUGGAGGACUCCAGGAGGCGGCUGGAGGGGCAGCGCGCCCGCACCAAGGUGCUGGAGGCGGAGCUGCGCGACCUCAAGCAGAAGAUGACAGUACUGCUGGAGAAAGGCGAGCACGACAACCAGCUGGUGGCGGCGCUGACGGCGCAGCUGCGGUCAGCAGAGGAGGCAGCGGAGGACAAGCGGGCGCUGCUGUCGGUGGAGGCUGAGCGCAUGCGCGAACGCGGCAGGCAGUUGGAGGACGACCUGGCGGCGCUCAGGGCGCAGCUGACCACGCAGACGGCGCAGCUGGCGCAGAAGGACAGACUGGUCGAGCAGCUGCAGCUGCGCCUGGACCAGCUGGAGCAGCCCAAGGUGGAGGGCAGCGUGUGCGGCAGCCCGCGCAGCACGCCCUCGGAGUGCGGCUCUGGCAGGUACACGCCGGCGCUGCAGGCGGCCGAGGCGGAGCGCCGCCGGCUGCUGGAGCUGGUGGCCGUGCUGCACACGCGCAUGGACGAGCGCGAGCAGGCCGCCGCGCAGGCCGACGCCCGCUGGCGCCAGGAGCGCGCGCGCGCCGCCCAGCUGCAGACCAAGGUGGAGCGCCUGGAACUGGAGCGCCAAAGCCUGGUGAAGGUCGGCUGCUAUCGCGGGCCGGCCAACAAGCAGCUGCAGCAGCAGCUGCUGACCAUCGAGGAGCGCCAGCAGCUGGAGCUGCUGCAGGAGGAGGUGGCACUGCUGCGCACCAGGGUGGACGUGCUGCGCAGGGAGAAGGAGGACGACCGCGCCAAGUACCUGUCGCUGCUGCAGCGCUCCUGGGACCAGGAGCAGCGAAGUGAAGUAGCACCAUCGAGCAGCUACAGUCACAGUCCUGGGCCGCAGCGGCGCUGCAGUGUGCAACAGCAGUCUGUCAGCGGCAGUGUGCAGCAGCAGCCAGUCAGCAGCAGCAGCAGCGGCAGCAGCAGCGUCAGCAGCAGCCGUGGCAGCAGGCGCAGCAGUGUGCCACGCAGAGCUCGCAGCCAGGCGCCGCCUCCCCGCUGACACCUUGCAGUGUCCCUGUCACUGUCUAUCACACCAUUUCUUUCAUCUUUGCCUCUUAUAUUCACUGAGAAUAUGAAUAAAGCCUCCAGUUACCUUUAGCACUACUGAU